AUGGCAAUAUUCUCUAGGGGUUACUUGCUCUCCCUCUCCCUCUCUCUCCUCCUCUUGUUCGACGUCUCUUUAGCCCAAUUCGGGGAGCAAGGGAGGAGCCCAUUCGGGAGCCAGCGCCGGUUCGGGUCUCAGAGCCGGUGCCGGAUCGAGAGGCUCAACGCCCAGGAACCGAGGCGGAGGGUCGAGUCUGAGGCAGGCCUCACCGAGUACUUUGACGAGGACAACGAGCAGUUCGAGUGCGCCGGGGUAGCCGCACACCGCCGUAUUGUUCAGCCUGGAGGCCUCGUCUUGCCUAAAUUCUACAAUGCUCAUGCCCUCACUUAUGUUGUCCAAGGCAAGGGUAUUUUCGGCAAUGUGAUGCCGGGAUGCCCGGAAUCGUUCCAGUCCUUCCAGCGAGGCGACCCUAGGACAUCGCGUGAAGAAGGCCGCCGAGGACGGUCGGAGAGAGACCAGCACCAGAGAGUCGACCACUUCAGAGAGGGUGACAUCAUCGCAAUCCCUGCAGGAGUUGCUCACUGGGUCUACAACGAUGGAGAACAGCCCAUCGUUGCGUUCACGGUUCUCGAUACAAGCAACAAUGCCAACCAACUCGACAGCAACCGCAGGGAAUUCCUUCUCGCCGGAAGGAAGGGGAGAGGCCAACACUUAGGCGUCGAGCCUAGAGAAGACUCUGACGACUUUAACCUCCUCAGCGGUUUCGACACCGAAAGUUUGGCCGAAUCCAUGGGCAUAAGCAGGGACCUAGCGGAGAAGCUGAGAGGACGAAGCGACGACAGGGGGGAGAUUGUGAGGGUCGAGGGAAGCUUCCACAUCGUGAGGCCGUCAAGAAGGGAAGAGGGAAUGAGCGAGGGAGAGGAGAGAGAAAGGGAGUACGAGGAAGAGGAGAGAGAGAGGGAGAGGAGGCGUCUGAUGGCAAACGGACUUGAGCAGGCCUUCUGCUCGGUGGGGGUGAAGCGCAACAUCGAUGAUCCGAGGCGUGCGGACAUAUACAAUCCUAAUGCAGGGAGGACCACCACCCUCAACAGCCAGAAGCUUCCCCUUCUCAGAUAUCUCCAGCUCAACGCGGUCAGGGGUGUCCUCCACAGGAAUGCCUUUGUUGCCCCACACUGGAACAUGAACGCCCACUCCAUAAUGUACGUCACCAGAGGAAACGCCCGGCUCCAGAUCGUCAACGACCGCGGCAACACUGCCUUCAACGGCGAGCUCCGCCAAAACCAGCUCAUCGUCGUCCCCCAGAACUUCGCGCUCUUGAUCCAAUCAAGAAGCGAAAACUUCGAGUGGGUAGCUAUAAAGACCAACGACAACGCAAUGGUCAGCCCCAUCGUCGGAAAAACAUCGGUAUUCAAGGGGUUGCCUGAGGAAGUGCUGAGGAAUGCUUACAGGGUUUCGAGGGAGGAGGCGAGGAUGUUGAAGUAUAACAGGGGAGAGGAGAUGGUUGUGCUUGUUCCCCACUCUUCUCAGUCGAGGGGAAGAGCCGAGGCUUGA